UUUUUCAAUAAACUUCGAGCGGUCAUAUUACCACCAAAAUAUAAACAAAAAAAUAAAUUUAAUUUGCUUUCGAAAUGAAUCCAUUGACAAAUAUGAAGAAUGUGCUUAAGCUGAGCGAACACGAGCUGCAACAUGGAGGAAAAAAGAGCUGGCAUGAUAUGUACCGGGAUUCAGCCUGGAUAUUCGUCGCUGGAUUUCCGUAUACUCUUUCCGAGGGAGAUUUGAUCUGUGUGUUUUCCCAGUACGGAGAGGUGGUCAACAUUAACCUGAUUCGUGACUCCAAAACGGGAAAGUCGAAGGGCUUCUGUUUCCUGUGCUACGAGGAUCAAAGAUCUACAGUUCUAGCCGUUGACAAUCUAAAUGGCAUCAAAAUCAUUGACAGAACACUACGGGUGGACCAUGUGGCGGACUAUAAGCCCCCCAAGGAAAAUGAAAAGAUGGAUGAGGAGACUCUUCGACUUUAUAUGGAAGGAUGUGCGCCGAAACCUCAAAUUCAACACAUAAAGACUGAGAAAACAAAAGACAUGAAGAAGUAUAGAUAAUGAACGACAAACUUCUAAUAGAUUAGCAUUAGAAAAUAAAACAAUUUAUCAAAAUA